CGUUACCCACCACACACCUGUUCCAACCUCUCUCUCUCUCUCCCUCUCUCCAUGAUCGAAUCGGAGCACCAACCAUCCUCGCCUCCGGUGGAGGCAUAACAUGAGCUCAUGCCACUCCUCCUCCUCCUCCUCCGCCGCCGCCAUGUUCAUCCCCAAGUUCCACCCCUUGCGCUCCAACCACCCCCGCCUCCCUCCCCCCCACCGCUUCCGCUCCAUCCUGGACCAGCUCUCCCCCAACCUCUCCGUCUCCUCCUCCCUCAGCUCCGUCCUCGCCUCCGGCAACGCCAUCGCCGCCGCCGCCAAGGGCUCCGGCUCCGUCCACGGCGCCGUCACCUCCGCCAUCACGCACGUCGCCGUCACCGCCGUCGCUAUUGCCUCCGGCGCCUGCCUCUCCACUAAGGUCGAUUUCCUCUGGCCCAAGCUCGAGGAUCAACCCGGUUCCCUUGUGCUGGAAGGAGUUGACGUAACAGGCUGUCCCGUAUUCAACGAUGCGAAGGUGCGAAAGGCUAUUGCAUUUGCCAAAAGAGCUCAUCAUGGAGUCCUUAGGAAAACCGGGGAUCCGUAUUUGACUCAUUGUAUCCACACAGGGAGGAUCUUAGCUAUGCUGGUUCCUUCGAACGGCAAACGAGCUGUUGACACCGUCGUGGCUGGGAUUCUCCAUGAUGUGGUUGAUGAUGCCAGUGAGAGUCUGCAUAGUGUUGAGCAAGAGUUUGGGGACGAUGUCUCUAAGUUGGUUGCCGGUGUUUCCCGAUUAAGUUAUAUAAAUCAGCUUCUAAGGAGACACCGCCGACUAAAUGUAAAUCAGGAUAGCUUUGGUGAGGAAGAGGCAGAUAAUCUACGAAUUAUGCUCCUAGGGAUGGUUGAUGAUCCACGAGUCGUGCUCGUCAAGCUUGCGGAUCGUCUUCACAACAUGAGAACCAUUUAUGCUCUUCCAUCGCCAAAGGCUCGAGCUGUUGCACAGGAGACCCUGGUAAUUUGGUGCUCACUUGCUUCGAGAUUGGGUCUGUGGGCAAUGAAAGCUGAGCUGGAAGAUCUGUGCUUCGCAGUUCUCCAGCCACAAGUAUUCCGGAAGAUGCGUGCUGAUCUUGCUUCCAUGUGGAGCCCAAGCAAUAAAGCAGGAAAUCCAAGAAGAAUCUUGGCAAAAACUAGCUUCCCACACUGUGAUGAGGACAUUUCAUCUUCCGAUGAUGAAGAUUCAGUCAAUAUGAAGGAGAACAUGAAAAGCAUGAAGGAUCUUCUGGAAGCUGUAGUGCCCUUUGAUAUCUUAUUAGACCGGAGGAAGAGAAGCAAGUUUACCGGUGAUAUUGGAAAAGAUUCAGAGAAGGUCACAAAGCCUAAGGUUGUGAAAGAUGCUGGAGUUGCUUUGGCUUCUAUGCUUGUAUGUGAGGAAGCUCUUGAGCGCGAGUUGUUUAUCUCAACUUCGUAUGUUCCUGGAAUGGAAGUAACGUUAUCUGGCCGACUAAAAAGUUUGUACAGUAUUUACAGCAAGAUGAAAAGGAAGGACGUGAGCAUUAAUAAAGUGUAUGAUGCCCGUGCAUUGCGGGUAGUUGUCGGAGACAAGAAUGGAAGUCUGCAUGGACCUGCAGUUCAAUGUUGUUACAGUCUUCUUGAUAUUGUGCACAGACUCUGGACCCCCAUUGAUGGUGAAUUUGAUGACUACAUUGUUAAUCCAAAGGCUAGUGGUUAUCAGUCCUUGCAUACUGCUGUACUAGGUCCUGAUAGUUCACCUUUGGAAGUUCAAAUAAGAACACAGAGGAUGCAUGAAUAUGCUGAACAUGGACUUGCUGCACAUUGGCUUUAUAAGGAAACUGGCAACUGGUUACCAUCAGCAAGCAACAUGGGUGAGUCAGAGUCCUCUCUCUCCAAAGAUUUGGAGGAUUCAGAGUCAGUGGAAGGUGAUCUUUUUCAGAAGUAUGGUUCACUGAAAGCUGGGCAUCCAGUUCUUAGGGUUGAGGGAAGUCACUUGCUUGCUGCUGUUAUAAUUAGUGUGGAUAAGGGUGGAAAAGAAUUACUUGUUGCUGUGAGCUUUGGACUGGCCGCUUCUGAAGCAGUUGCUGACAGAAGAUCUUCAUUCCAGACAAAGCGAUGGGAAGCGUAUGCGAAUUUAUACAAGAAGGUUUCUGAUGAGUGGUGGUGUCAGCCAGGACAUGGGGAUUGGUGCACCUGCCUUGAAAAGUACACACUUUGCCGAGAUGGAAUGUACCACAAGGAAGACCAAUUCCAGCGGCUUCUUCCAACUUUUAUCCAAAUUAUUGAGUUGACGGAGCAAGAAGAAUCUGAAUAUUGGACUGUCAUGUCCGCUGUUCUCGAAGGAAAACAGAUCGACUCUACUACAUCUAGGCCGAGCUUAGCCUCCAUUAGCUCGAAUUCCAUUGAGGGCGGUAUUAAUAACAAGGUGCACCUACUGAGGACAAUGCUUCAGUGGGAAGAGGAGCUACGCUCUGAGGCGAUUGCUUGCUCGAGCAAGCUUGGUGGAAAAUCAUGUGAAAGUCCCAAUUCGGUCGCACUUGAUGAGGUGGUGGUCGUAUGCGGGCCACAAGGUGAGAUCAUGAGGUUAAGGAGUGGGAGUACAGCUGCAGAUGCAGCAAGGAGAGUAGGGCUCGAAGGGAGAGUGUUGGUGAAUGGCCAACUCGUCUUGCCCGGUACCGAGCUCAGAGACGGAGAUGUGGUUGAAGUCAAACUCUAAACGAGCCAUUACGAGGUAAAAUUCGGAAUUGCCUGGUAGCAGCAAGUGUAUAUAGAGCAGGGAAUAGAAUGAAUAGGGGUGAAGUCAAUAAGGCUAGUGCACUUCUAGUCGUAAUCGAUUUGUAUAGGGCUUCUAGUUCAGUUGAAACAUGCCAAUCAUCACGGUCCGCGCCAUCAAGCUAGGAUCGUGUCACUGAGGCAGGCAUGACUUUGGGAGAUUCAUCUGUCCUUACAAACGUAGCCAUUCAAAGUGUACAUAAUCUGAUAAUCACAGAUCAGUAAUACACACAAACAGAUUGGAUAUCCAAUUUUUUAACAAA